CCCCGGACCCAGUCUUUUCCACCCGCUACGCGCAACGGUACCAUCCGCGCUCGCAUCAAGUUUUCGUCCCGACAGCGCGCGCCCGUGUCAGCAAGUCCGCCAUUUUGCCGCUACGACCACUGGUCUUUGGGUUGAGCAACGUCGUCGGCGAACCGCGAUCGAACGCUAAACCCCCCAACUCACGCGAGACCGGCAUUCGCCUUAACUGUUAAUUGUUCAACUGUUGUGUUAAACAAAGUUUAUCCGUAUUAAUCAUAUUACGUCUCGCGUAGUCGCGUUCCGUUAUUCACGUUGGCCGCGACGAAGUAGCAUAAUUCGCCGUGCGCCACGAUAUCAUCACAGAUUUGAGAAAUGGAUGAAAAUAAUUUACAACAUUUGACAUAUGAAGGUGAUCAAACAAGCGUUUUAAAAUUUAAAAGAGGUGAAUCAAAAAAAAUUAAAAAUAGCAUUCACACGGAAGAUUUAUUUUGGCACCUGCAAAGAUUACUCAUAGAUAAAGCGUUUUGUGACGUUAAGUUGGAAACAGAUGAUGGUACAGUAGUUCAUGGACAUAAAUUGAUUUUAAUAUCAGCUAGUCCAUAUUUUAGGGCUAUGUUUAGUAGCUUUGAAGAAAGGAAUAAAGAUCAUAUAGUUAUAAAAGGAUUAAACUCAACCAGUUUGAAACUCUUGAUAAACUAUAUUUACAGUGGAGAAAUAAUUGUAAACGAGGAGAAUGUAAAGGAUAUGUUAGCAGCUGCAGAUCUCAUACAGUUAGACUAUAUAAGAGCCGCUUGUGAAGAGUUUUUACAAACACAGUUAAAUCCAUCAAACUGUCUUGGAAUCAGAGCAUUUGCUGACUUACAUAACUGUACAGAUUUGAUGUCAAGUUCUGAUGCCUAUAUUAAAAAACAGUUUUUAGAAGUGGCAAAAUAUAAUGAAUUUCUACGUUUAUCUCCUGAAGAAGUGAUUCAACUUAUUUCUCUUUCAGACCUUGAUGUUCCAAAAGAAGAAUAUGUAUUUGAAAGUGUUAUGAAUUGGGUAAGACAUGAAUUAGGCUGCAGAAAACAAUUUUUGCCAGAUUUGAUGGAACAUGUAAGAUUGCCAUUAACUUCAAAACCGUAUCUAUUAAACAAUGUAGUCGAAGAGCCUCUCCUAAACAAUUGUCAUAAAUGUAAAAAUUAUGUAUUAGAAGCAAUACAAUUCCAUACAAUCAAGUCACAAAAAAUAAUGACCAUACCAAAAACUAUUCGAUCUAAACCUAGGCGAUCUGUUGGUUUACAAAAAGUUAUCCUUAUGUUUACUUACUCGCCGGGCAAGGGUAAUUUUAUAAGCUGGUAUGACCCUACAAACAACCUAUGCCGCAUUGCACUAAAAAUUAAUGAGGAACGCAUCAUAAAUCAUCUUGAUUUAAUAGCGGAUCAAUUUGUUCUUGCUAUUGGUUAUAGUUUUCUUCGUUCUAUUCCGUUUAUUAAAAUACUUGAUAUAUUUUCAAGAGAAUGCAGUUGGGUAUCAAUGGUUAAUACGUUGGUUUAUCGGCAAGGUUUUGGCAUUGGUGUAUUGAAUAAUAAUAUAUAUGUUAUUGGCGGAAAAAAUGGUAAUAUUAGUUUAAACAGCGUUGAAGUCUUCGAUGUCAAUCUGGAAGAAUGGCGAAUGGUUUCUAGUAUGGCUAUCAAGAGAUGCGAUGUUGGUGUUGGAAUUCUAAACAAUCUUUUAUACGCGGUAGGAGGUUUUGAUAUAUCUACAAGUGAAGAAUUAAAUUCAGUUGAAUGUUAUGAUCCCAGUCUGGACGAAUGGAAACUAGUUGCACCAAUGUCCAAACGUCGUUCUAGUUUUGGUAUUGGAGUCUUAGACGGCGUUAUAUAUGCUGUCGGUGGUGCUGACACUUUAGAAGAUUGUAAUUCUGUCUCUGUUGAGGCCUAUAGACCAAGUGUCGGAGUAUGGACUCCAGUGGCUGACAUGUUGUCUGGCUACAAGUCUUGGCCUGUGACUACAGUUAUUGAUGGCUUAAUGUAUGUUAUUGGUAAUACAGAUUCUAUUGACAUGCUGACUAUCCAAGUAUACAAUCCCAAAACCAAUGCAUGGAAAUUAAUGAAUACCACUUUAAAUGAUGCUGGACUUAUUAUGGCUGCAGUAACCAGUGAUAGACCAUUAUGUUUUAAAACCAAAUUGCAUAAAUGCUCUCAUGGUUGGUAGUUAUAAUACAAUCAUAUUAUGUGUAAAUGUGUCAUAUUUUGAUAAUUUGUGUAUUAUAGAAUAAAAAAAACUAUUAUUGUUGAAUCAAAUAAACCCGCGAUAAAAUUAUACCUAUUA